AGGCGGACUGCGGAGGGGGUAACGGUAAAGACGGGAUUUAAACUGUGAAAUCUAACCCGGGACAAGCCGGGACAAAAUGUCCCCACAGCAUUAGAAACAAAGUCAGAAAUGCCCAUUACCUUCAUUCGGGAGCGGAAGAAGACGAUUUAUAGAGGGAAUUGGUGGAGACAUGCAGACACGGCUGUUGAACCCGUUUAGACCCUGAACGUCUCGGAAGCAGAAGGAAGAACAACAAACGCGACUUCCGCUCGUACUCGUCCUGCACGCCGCGUGCACACCCGGAUUCUUUCCCCUCGUUCAUGACAUCGAGUCAAGUUGUGAAAAAUUGUGGAACUGAUGUGUCUCUGUUUCCACACGGACCAGCGUCAUUCCCAGACAUGGCAACCUGCACGCGGACCGUGUGGAAAGUUGUAGCAGGAUGUCAGAGGCAGCUGCUGAGAGCCGGCGGUCCCGCCUACUCGGGCGCUUCACAGGCGGCACCGAGGAAUCUGCCCAUCAGGACGUUAGCAGCUGUCAAGACACUGAGGAAAGACAAGAAAGAGAACACAGAGAAGGAGGUGAAGAAGGAAAAGAGGGUCAUCGACGACAAAGACCGACAUAAGCCGUACGGCAGGACGGCGUGGACGCCCGUGGACGACGUGUACGUUUUGAGGUACUACCCCCGGACCGUCUACGGCGCAGCAGACGCCAUCGACAUGCUGAAGAACUUCCAGAAGUUGGACUUCACUCCCCACAAGCAGCCCGUUUACAUCGAUCUGAAGCUGGACAUGAAACUGGAGAAAAAGAAAAAGGUCGACUCCUUCGUGAGCACGGUGCACCUGCCGCACCCCUUCAACACGGAGAGGAACAAAGUUCUAGUUUUCACCGAGGAUGCUGAUCAAGCCGAAGCUGCAAAGCAGAACGGAGCCGUGUUUGCUGGAGGAGCAGAGCUCAUACAGCCGAUCUUAGAUGACGAGAUUUCAGCGGACUUCUACGUGGCGGUGCCAGAUAUUCUGCCCAAGCUGGUCUCGCUGAAGAACAAACUGAGGAAGAAGUUCCCAAAGGGAAAGAGAGGCUCGGUCGGCAUCCACGUUCUCAAGAUGUUGGAGUUGUUUCAAACGGGUCACGAGGUCAUGGUGGAGAGCGACUGCUACGUGAGGACGCAGAUAGCGAUGCUGGACAUGCCCAAAGAACAGAUCUUUGCCAACCUGCAGUCGAUCCUGCUGGACGUCUGCUCCCACCGACCAGCUAACAUGGGACCUUUCAUCGAGCGGGCGAUCAUCGCCAGUCGUACCAGUGAAGCUCUGUGGUUCAAGAGCGAAGACGUUUUACCCAAAGCAGCCGAGCAGAAGGACGAAUGACGUGUCCUCUUACUGUAGAUGAUGAGCUGGACCGCCGACUGAGAGCCAGACCUGAUCCCCCAACAUCAUGAACGGCAUCCAAUCUCUGCAGCCUCAGCAGUUCACGACAGUAAUACGUUUUACAUGUAGUUGUACAUGUAGUUGUACAUGUUGUACAUGUAGUUGUGGCAUCUAAACAGCAGGAGGCAGUGUUGACGUGGACAGAUCUGCUGACAUUGUAGAAAUGAAUUGAAGGAUUUCUGCAACCUGCAGCUUCUCUUCAACACGUUAUUAUACAUUUAUACAUGAAUUUAUUUUUAUCACCUUUUUUUACCACUCGUUUGUUUUCCCCGUGAUGGCUUUUUGCAUCUUUGUUAAGUAAUAUAUAUUACUACUAAUAAAUACUACUGAUACUACUAACAGCAUGAUAAUGGUAACAGCAGCAGUAACAGUUAAUAAUAACUAAUAAUAAUAGUAGCUCCUACAUAUCAUUUUGGAAUUUUUACAAUAAUACUAUUUUGUCCUGCCAGUUACCUGUAUUUAAUUUGCAUUAUUAUUAUUAUUAUUAUUAUUAAUUAGUGUCACUGAAGACCCAAGGACUGUAUGGUGGGUGGGGGUUGAUGCCUUUUUUUCUACAUUAAACUAUAACUUUUUUGAAGUGAACAUGUUCAAUAAUUUGUGAAUCAAUAACCAUAAAAACCCUGAUACAGUGUUCAGUGCUUCAAGUUGCUUUAAAUGACUCGGUGAUCAGUUUAACCCGGUGAUGGAGAUUCAUGUUGGUAUUCAUGUUUCUGUUAUAAUCAGAAUCUGAUUAUGAUUAUGACAGAAGGUGUAGUGUGCUGUGUGAUAUCUAAACUCCCAUUAACAUGUAGAGUUAAGCUCAUUUCUUAUAUAUUUUAGUCCAUUUCUUCAACUGAUUGGUAUCUUUAUUAAUUCACGUUUAGGAUUAAAAGCCCGAAGUUAAACCAGCUGAUUGAAGUUUUAACUGAAAACAUUUAUUUUUAUAACAGUUUAAUAAUUCUGUAGCUUUAUUCGUGUCCUGUUUUGGUCAAUAUUUGCUCUUUAAACCCCAAACAAGCAUUAUUUCUGCACUCCACACAUCAUCAGGUGUCUUCACGAAGGAAAACAGAUGUUUGAUACUCCAAACCACAGCGAGAGACAAGACAGUGUGAGAGUGUGUGUGUGAGUGUGUGUGUUGAAUUAGUGUGCAGCGCGUCCUCUGAUGCUGCUCAGGUUGGUAUUCAGAGCGGGUCUGACUCGGAGGUACGUUGGGCGUCUAUUGGUCCCUGUGUGGAGACCAGGCCGCUGAUGCUGCUGCUGGAAACUGAGAUCAGUAGAAAUGAUGAAACGGAGCUUUUGACGUGCAGCAGCUUUAUAAAAGUUAAUGCCAGUUUGAAUCUUCUGUUGCUUUUAUUUUGCUGUUAACGUGUUUCUUCCUGAUAUGAAUAGAGGAGAUAAAGAUGGAGGCCGUACGUAUUGUAAAGAUCUUUGAGGCAAAUCACUGUUUUUGUAUUAUGUAACAUUAAAUAUGACUUGGCUUUACUUGUAUUGUGUUUCCAAACUGGCAACCCGGGACCUCAAAGGGUCUUGAGAGGAUUUGCAGCUUUGCAUUUAUGAAAAAAAAUAAAGUUUUUCUUUCU